GGACGAUCAGAAAAAAUUGUUAGGGUCAAUAUGAGUUUGAUGUUAUUUGUAAUAUUUAAAGUCAAGAAUGGAGGUAAAGUGAAGCAGAGAAGUGAUGGUUACAAGUGAGGCAGUGUUUGCAGUGUGAGGGACUGAGAGAGAUUAGUGGCAUUAACUCAAAGCUGCACACUUCUCGUGAAUCCCUUCACUUCACUACACAUGUAACAUCACCCCUCCUGCAAUUUCUUUCUCAAUUGCGUACACUCAAAUCUGCCACCAAAAUCACUGUCCCUCUCUCUUACACACACAAGAACACACAUUUCACGCCCUGACUGACAGAGAACAAAACACCUGAGCAGUGAGAAGUAGUUACCUUCUACAUUGUACAUUUCCUCUUUUAUCAUCUGCUUUUUCUCUGUAAAAUUUGCUAAUUCACCAUAUAUAUAUAUAUAUAUAUGGUUUUAUAUCUUCUGUUCUUUUCUGCAAAGAUUUCUGCUUUUUCUUUGGUUUUUACGCUUUAGAGCUGAUUUUCUUGUCCAUUUGGACUCUGGGCUUAAUCAAGAAAUCUUGAGCUAUUGCUCUCUUUUUCCUCCCAGACAUUGCUGCUUUUUCUUUUUCUUAGUUUAUUUUUGGCUAAUUUCUUAAUGUCUGUCUGUUGCCUGAGUUUUGGUCAAGAAUUUUAAAAGAAAGUAGUGUUUUUUUACUCCUCAAGUUGAGGGGUAGGUGCUUCCUUUUUGAAUCCCUUCGUUUUCAAGAACUUGAGAAUGGGCCAUUUUGAAAAGGUGAAAAGCUCAUGUGGGUAUUUGUAGUUCAAGGUUUUUCUUGGUUCAACUUUACUAACUAUCUCAGAGUUUCCAAUGUUGUCUCAGCUAUGACCUAUAAGUUGCUUUCCAGCGUAUAAAUGCUACAUGCUCUUGUUUUGGACCAUAGAUUCACAAAAGCUUGAUAUUCUGCUUGUCCCCCUGGUCUUUUUGAGAGAAUAAAAAAGAGGUUCAUCCUUUUUUCUGAAAUUGAAGCAGCCCAAAAAUGCCAUUCUUGAGUUUGUUGAGUAUUUUACUAUUUGGGUUGCUCUCAAGUUCUCAACUUGUGAUUAGUCAGCUGCUCAAUGAUCAGGCCACACUAUUAGUACUUGCGCAGGAGCUUAAAUUAUCUGGAUGGAAUGGAAAUAACUCAGACUACUGCACUUGGCCUGGCAUUUCAUGCAGCUCAAACAGUUCAAUUGUGGAGAGGCUUGAUCUUUCUGGCCAUGGGCUGCAAGGUAACUUUACACUCAUUUCUGAGCUCAAAGCACUCAAAUGGCUUGAUCUCUCAUCCAACAACUUCCAUGGCAUUAUACCACCUGCUUUUGGGAAUUUGUCUGAGCUUGAGUAUCUUGAUUUGUCGUUUAAUAACUUCGGUGGCUCAAUACCUCUAGAGUUGGGGAGGCUCAGAAAUCUUAGAGCGUUGAAUCUUUCCAAUAACAUGCUCAUGGGAGUGAUACCUGAUGAGCUUGAGGACUUAGACAAGUUGCAGGAUUUGCAGCUGUUUACGAACCGAUUCAAUGGUUCUAUCCCACUUUGGGUGGGGAAUUUAACCAAUUUGAGAGUGUUCACUGCCUAUGAAAAUGAACUGAGUGGUGUUAUUCCAGAUAACUUAGGUUCAGUCUCUGAGCUUCAAUUGUUGAACCUUCAUUCUAACCGUCUGGAGGGUCCGAUUCCCGAAGCCAUUUUUUAUAUGGAGAAGCUGGAGACUUUGGUUCUGACUCAGAAUAGAUUGACUGGCAGAAUUCCAGAAUCAAUUGGGAAAUGCAAAGGCCUUUCAAGUAUUAGAAUUGGGAAUAACUAUUUGAUUGGAGGCAUUCCCAGGGAAAUCGGUAAUAUUAGCAGCCUUACUUAUUUUGAAGCAGACAAUAACAAUCUUUCUGGGGAGAUUGUGACAGAGUUCUCCAGAUGCUCUAAUCUCACUCUCCUUAAUUUAGCUUCAAAUGGUUUUACUGGAAGUGUUCCUUCGGAGUUUGGCUCGCUCAGUAAUCUGCAGGAGUUGAUUGUUUCUGGGAACAGUCUGUUUGGAGACAUUCCAACAUCAAUUCUCAGGGCCAAGAAUCUAAACAAGCUUGAUUUAAGCAACAACAGGUUCAAUGGUACCAUACCGGAGGGUAUUUGCAAUUCAUCUCGGUUGCAGUUCUUGCUGUUGGGUCAGAAUUCAAUAAGAGGGGAGAUACCUCAUGAGAUUGGCAACUGCGGGAAGUUACUGGAAUUGCAACUCGGGAGCAAUUAUCUGACCGGAAGUAUUCCCCCUGAGAUUGGUCGUAUCAAGAACUUGCAGAUUGCUCUGAAUUUGAGCUCCAAUCAUCUACACGGACAACUGCCUGCAGAGCUAGGACGACUUGACAAGCUCGUGUCCCUGGAUGUAUCAAAUAAUCAGCUCAGUGGAAGCAUUCCAACAGCGCUUAAGGGGAUGCUGAGUUUGAUUGAAGUUAAUUUCUCAAACAAUCAAUUCAGUGGGCCGAUACCCUCUUUCACACCGUUUCAGAAAAGCUUGAAUUUGAGCUUCCUUGGGAACAAAGGGCUCUGUGGUGAGCCUUUGAGCAUGUCAUGUGGGGAUAUCGAUGGUUCUUCUCAUAAUGCUUACCAUCAUAAGGUUUCUUACAGGAUCAUAUUAGCCGUUAUUGGUUCAGGUUUGGUUGUAUUCUCUUCUGUGACUAUGGUUGUUUUGCUAUUUAUGAUGAGGGAGAGACAAGAGAAGGCUGGCAAAGAUGAAGGAGCUGCCGAUGGGCAAAUUAGCAACAAACCAGUGAUAGUAGCAGGAAAUGUGUUUGUUGAGAACCUUCAGCAAGCUAUAGAAUUUGAAGCUGUUGCCAAAGCAACCAUGAAAGAUUCAAAUAAGCUUAGCAUCGGAACAUUCAGUACCGUCUACAAAGCAGACAUGCCUUCUGGGAUGAUGUUGUCAGUCAGAAAACUGAAAUCGAUGGACAAAGCUAUAGUUCAUCAUCGAACCAAGAUGAUCAGGGAGGUUGAGAAGCUGAGUAAACUCUGCCAUGACAACUUGAUGAGACCCAUUGGAUUUGUGGUAUUUGAAGAUGCUGUGCUCUUGUUACAUCAGUAUUUUCCGAACGGAACAUUGGCUCAAUUCCUUCAAGAUUCCAAGAAGAAGCCAGAUUACAAACCUGACUGGCCUUCAAGACUUUCCAUUGCCAUUGGAGUGGCUGAAGGAUUGGCUUUGCUCCACCAUCUGGCCAUUAUCCACCUUGACAUUUCUUCAGGCAAUGUAUUUCUAGAUUCUAAUUUGAACCCUCUGGUAGGCGAAGUUGAAAUAUCAAAGCUACUUGAUCCAUCGAGAGGGACAGCAAGUAUAAGUGCUGUCGCUGGUUCGUUUGGAUACAUUCCCCCAGAGUAUGCAUAUACUAUGCAAGUCACAGCACCGGGCAACAUUUAUAGCUACGGGGUUGUUUUGCUUGAGAUCCUCACAACUCGACUCCCAGUAGACGAGGCUUUUGGUGAAGGCGUGGAUUUGGUGAAGUGGGUUCAUUCUGCCCCAGCACGAGGAGAGACACCCGAGCAGAUUCUUGAUGCAAGGCUAAGCACCGUUUCGUUUGCUUGGAGAAAAGAAAUGCUUGCUGCUCUGAAGGUAGCGCUGCUCUGCACGGAUAGCACACCAGCCAAACGACCCAAAAUGAAAACCGUGGUAGAGAUGCUAAAAGAGAUUACAGAAAAUUAAAGUGCUGGAGCAUAUUUCACAAGUCCGGGCAUCUCACAAUUGCCAGAUACAACGCAAGAUUUAGCUGAAAUGGUCGAGUUGGCUGCAUCAUCAUUCAUCCAUUCCCCUGUUUUGCAUCAAGAACAUGUCGUAGUGGGAGUUGUAACCAUUUUUAGGUAGGAAUCAUGGGGGAAGGAAUAGUAGAUCAUGGGAAAGAAUCCAAAGUGUUGUGGCAGAGUUGAACAAUGUAUCUCUGUCUUGUGGUGGGCUAUAAAUCUGUUGAAUGAUAUGUAUAUUGGCUCCCCCAUGUGUACGAGAAGCAGCAAUCACAUCUUCACAUCUCUUGGCA